AAGGCGCCGAAGCCGAAGGAGGUGCCUGGAUACCAGGUGAGAACCGACAUGGGCUGGAGCCGCUACGACGACGGGGCGCAGAAGGCCCUUGGCGAGGCGGCGCAGAAAGGCCGCCACGAAUGUGAGAUCUUCGCGCAGGGCCAGUACUACAAGGUGGAUCUGAAGCGCAUGGUGCAGAUCAACCCGAGCACGGGCAACGAACGGCAGAUCCGCCUGAGCGGCAAGGAGAUGCCGGUGCCAGAGAUGCCCAAGCUGAACAUGAAGCGGCUCCUGCUGGAGCUGAAACAGCUCGAGACAGCCAUCGCCCAGAAGGAGGCUCCGGAGAUCUUGAGCUGCAAGCCGGUAGAAGACAACCUCAUGGAGUGGGAGCUGGAGAUGACCUUCCCCCCGGAGAGCGUCUUGCAGCAGAGCCUGGAGAACCUGGCGGCCAGCAUGUUCGACAGCAGCCUGAACCGGCUCACUCUGUGCCUCCGCUUCCCCGUGGAGUUCCCCAUGAGCCCGCCGGAAGUGUGGCUCCGUAGGCCCCGGAUGCAGCACCGCGCAGGGACAGGCCCGGUGACCUUUGGGGGCCGAGUGUGCAACAUUCUGCUGGCCUCCGCGGGUUGGCAGCCGGCCACCUCCAUCCUCACGGUGCUGAAGGAAGUGCAGAAGUCACUGGUUGAGUCUGAGAUGGAGGCCAACACCAUGGUUCACAUCAAGAAGGACUACCCCAAAGCCUCCAUCCAGCUGGAGCGCCUGAACACCGAGCUCUUCCAUACGGUGAACGGCUUCUGCAAGGAUGGCAUGACCGCCAUCUCGCCCCAGGAGGCUGCCGCCUUCUUGGGCGACCUCUCCAGGCUGGAGGCCACCGACAAGAUCGGCUUGCCCUUCAGCUACGCCAACGCCAUCUACCAGCGGGCGGAGCUCGGGGCGGAGCUGACGCUGCCGAUGGUCUUCGAGGUCAAAACGCUCUUGGGGCGGAAGACCCACUGCGCCAUUUUCGAGUUCGUGGACGGGCUCCCCGACAUGCACGUGCUCCUGCCCAAGUGGGUCAUGGACGAUCUCGCCAUUGACGAGCAUGAGCCCGUGCGAGUGCGAGGGGUCGAGUUGCAGCUGGUGACAGCGGUGCGUGUGCAGCCCCACUCGGUGGGCUUCUACCACGCGGUGCGGGACUCCAAGCGGGAGGUCAAGGAGCUGCUUACGGAGUCCCUGGGGCGCUUCAGCACGUUGACCGAGGACACGGCUGUGCCGAUCGAGGUGGAUGGACAGUGGUUUCAGGUCCAGGUGAUCGCAGUGGAGCCCGCGGGCGCGGUGCGCAUCAUCGACAUGGACGUUGAGCACCACUUCGAGUUUAAGGUGGAGUUCGAGCCAGCCCCGGACUUGGAGGACGAGGCGGCCACGAAGGAGUACCAGGACCGGGUGCUGGGCUCCAUCAAGCUCCGCCGGGAGCGCUCCGCGGCCUCGCGCCAGGAGCUUCAGGAGCGUCGGCAGCAAGCGCGCCUGGCGCGCUACGAGCAGCUCCUGCAGCGCGCCAGGCUGCGUGCCGAGGAGCCGAGCCAGGAGGCUACAGGCGAAGUGGAGACUGCGCUGCGCAUGCCUGACGGCUCCCAGGUGAAAGGGCGGUUUCCAGAGAACGUUCCGGUGGCCCACCUAGUGGUCCUUGCCUUGGAGAGCGAUUGGGCCAAGAAGGCCUUGCCCUGGGGCAUUUACUUGCGGAUGGCCUUCCCCAAGAAGGUGCUGAAGGAAGAGGACCCCAUCACCCGAGACCUGCAUCGAAGCGCCUUGAGUGUGCAGGAGGAGCAGGCGCCCGACAAGGACGAGGAGUUGUUCAAGGUGCUGCGGUCCCAGGCGGCCUCGCCUUCGCGGCGCCGGGUGCCCUCGGACGCGGUGCCAGAGGUCCUGGCUCCGCCGCCGGUGCCGGAGCGGGACGAGGCCACCCUCUUGGCGAGGACGCAGCGCGCCUUCGAGAUGCAGCGCUUCCUGCGCGCCGGGCUAUCCCUUGAGGAGGCGGAGGCGAAGUACGAAGCCGGCGAGAUCCUGCCGCCGGACUCCCCCAUGAGGCGUCCUUCGGCCAAGCCGGCCAAGCCCCAGCUGCGCCGAUCGCUCUCCGAGGAGGAGGAGCGGGAGACGCGCAUCCAGGCCGUGAUCAGCUUUACAGGCGUGGAGAGGGCGGCGGCUGAGAAAGCGCUGGAGGAGAACAAUUGGAUCACCGACAGCGCGGUGAACAGCGUCCUCGACAGCCUGGUGGGCGAGUGACAGCAUCCGCGGUGCGCAAUGGACGCUGGCAAGCGACGAGCGAUGGACGCAGGUGCCAGUAUUGAGCAAAGGUGCCUGAAGCAUGAUGAUCGU